ACCAGUAUGAACGGAUCUCCCCUCUCCCUCUCCUAAGCCAAAAGCCAAGUUUUGGAAUCGGCGAAUCGGCCAUUUAGCAUUUAGCCAUCCGCUCUUAUUGUUAGAGCUAACUCCGCUGAAAAAUCUGAUUACAUCGGAGCCAUCAGAAGUUUCUUCGAUUUUGCUGCCUGAGUAGCUAACCCUGACGCAAUGAGGAAAUUCUUUAACGCUUCCGGCAUCCUGCUCAUGCUUGCGCUGCUUGUGCAAGUCGACGGCAAAGCCAAUGCCGACGCAUUUGACAGCUAUUUCGGCGCCGCCAUGGCCCCUGCUAACUAUGUCUUGCUGAAAGGCAAGGAUCUGUCCAAAUCGACAGUGGCUGGAAUCAAAGACGUAUUGUCGGGCGAGUGGCUUUUCCGCCUUGAUCGCCCGCACAAAGGGUGCGAUUUUCACCACUUGAACAUCAACAGCAAGCAGACAGGACUGCAAGACCCGCAUAUUUACGUGCCAAAAGAGCUGGUGGAAGGCGCCGCAGUCCUCAACUACAUUCCCAAUGCCGUGAAUCUCUACGGAGGCGCUCGCCUGGCGUACGCUGCCUACCAAGACGUGCAGAACGGAAAGGUGGAAGAAACUGCUAAAUUCGUUACCACCGCUGCUAAAGGAUUUGUUCGCGCUGGGGUCUGCAGCAAUGUUGGUUCCGCUGUUGGCGGCAUGGUUGGCUUUCUCUUUGGAGGAGUUGGCGCCGUUGCCGGAACUCUCGUAGGUAAUGGACUUUGCCUCUGGUACGAGUAGAGCCCACUGCAAAAUUUGAUUAUUUUGUUGAAAAGCAUGAUUUUUAAAUCUUUGAAAUCAGGAGUUUGUUGAUUGUAGUAGAAAACAAUGGAAAAAGGGUUGGAUUUAAUUAAGUCCUGCAGAGUAUUUGCCCCAAUAGAGGAUUUAGUCCUUAAUCUAAUUUAAUUGCGUUUCUCUGAACUGCAUAAAGAGCAGGAGUGUAUUGCUAGAUUUAUUCGACUGACUGGGUAAUUAAUUGUAUUAUUUAUUGUUAGUCUAAAAUAAAUUGCUUGUAGCUUGA